AAGUAGCUGCUUUGAACCGCUGAACAACACCGGCACACCAUUCCUUCCACUCGGCCUGUGCAGAGUUUCGUGAUCAAGUUCGGUGCGUCUGCAGUAGCCACUUCACUCAAAGAUCACGUUCGUCCACAUUGUCAACACUGCCGGGGCUCUGUCUGCUCAACACUCACUGCAUACCUCCUCAGUGCCUCAACAAUGGAACAAUCGCUGCUGCUGGCCCUGCCGGACGACGCGCUGCUGGCCGUGCUGGCGUUCCUGCCGCCGAGACAGCUCUUGAGCUGCCGCGUGCUGUGCCGCCGCCUCCGUGAUCUGUGUCUCCACCCCGACCUGUGGCGCCGCGUCCGAGUGCUGAGAUGGAAGGACCAUGAUCUGUGGCGCAGUGCCUUCCGGCUCGCACCCUGCCUCCGCGAACUGGAUAUCAGUGGGAAUCACCUUAGGGGUGCUGCCAGCGAAGUGUCCCGCACCUCGUGUGUCGUCGCUAAACUUACGCUGUCUGUCGCCACCACACACGAAGUGACCUUUGCCACGGCUAUAGUAGAAAAGGUAUCUGCUCUCGGUGGCCUUGAACAACUGGUCCUGGAUAUUGUGAGAAGAGAAGGCGCCGUGGAUGUGAAUGGGCUCCUGGGGGGCAGUGUACAAGGCAGACCGUCUCCGUAAAUUGACAAUCGAUGGUUGUGGCGAGGUGGCUUCAAUAAGUGGCCUGGAGAUGAGCCCGUCCCUGACCGAGCUCAACUGUCUGCGCCGUCCACCUCAUGAUGCUUUAGUAGAACAUCUACUGGAGGCACACGCCGCCACCCUCGAACGUGUGCUUUCCCGGAUGACCGUGCUUCCCGUGUCUGCUUUAUUAAUGCUGCCCAGGCUACGUUCCUUCGAAUGUGGGUUGUGCAGUUUUGCGGUCUCAGGGCUCCCGGAAUUUCUACGUGCGGCGUCGCAGCUCCGCUUUGUGUCCCUUGCCCCAUGUCCCUACAGCAUAGAUGCUGAUGCCAUACCUGCUCUGGCUGCAUCACCCUCUGCCCGUGUCUUAGAAACCCUUAAACUGGUUGUCUCAUACGAAAGAAGAGACUUCUGGCGUCAGGUAGCUGCCGCAGUACCUCAGUUCACAGCUCUACGGACUCUCUCCCUGAAGUUCGAUCCAAUCGAUUUGUCGCACCUGGAACCCUGCUACGAUUUGAUGCGGGCGCUGAACCCAACAACUGCCCCUAGCCUCACCACGCUGGAGAUGCUCGGCUCACCCGUACCCUCAAAUAUCCGGUGCGUCCACUUCUGGCUGUGCGACCCCGCCGUUGAAGAACUUCUGAAGAGGAAUCCUCGUCUCCAUCUCCACCUGAGGAACUUGCCUUGGAAUCCUGAAGAUUGCUCGCGCGCCUGUGACUUAACAAUGUGCCUCUAUGACAUAUGUUGGGCAUCCACGGGCUGGGUCGCGCUCGCGGCGCACUCUAGGGGGCCUACUGCCUGUACCCGAGAGAGUGCUCCAGGUAGCCAUGCACGCACAAAUCAUGCUUUGUAGCCCCACGAUUGACCGUCUGCUGGCAUACCGAACAAAUGUUCUCUAAUUUUGAUUUGAAGUAACUGGCGUUACUGUUUAUUUAGACAGCCUCUUCAAUUUUGUUUGUACCAGUUGCUGUCUGUUCUAUAAUCGAAAACUUUAUAUAUAUGCCUGUUGAAAAUUGUUUUAAGAAACAGGUUUGGCUAAGAUGUAGUUCGGAUGGUGUGAUAAAAUCGUAAUCAAACUC